ACCUAAGUUUUUAGAUGAAAUACUUUAUUAUUUUUUACUUAAAAUAAAAAGAACAAUGGGACAUAGUAAAAUAUUUUUAAGAAAUCGAGCAUUAGGAUAUGUUUCUAAUCAUAUUCCUCUCAUCACGAGAUAUAUUAAAAGACGAAAAGAAAAUCUUAUAGUAACGUGUACAGGUAAUGCAUUCCAUACAUAUAGUUGUUCGCACUUUACACUUCUUAGUGUAUCAGGAGUACAUCCAGGUGAAAUCACAUGUCUUGCGGGAGAUGUUUAUCACGUUUAUACAGCAUGUGAAAAUGAAAUAUACGCUUGGCGAAGAGGAUCAGAAAUAAAACAUAUCUACAAAGGUCAUGAUUGCACAGUGCAUACUUUAUUACCUUUUGGACCGCAUUUAGUGUCUGUUGAUGAAAAUAGUAAUGUUAAAAUAUGGGAUAUUAAAACAGAAGAGUUAAUAACAGAACUUACUUUUAAUAAUACACAUUUCAAAAUUACAACACUAAUGCAUCCUAAUACUUACAUAAACAAAGUAUUAUUUGGAAGUGAACAAGGUCAAUUACAAUUAUGGAAUUUGAGAAUUUUAAAAUCAGUUUAUACAUUUAAUGGUUGGAACACAGCAGUUACUGCACUUGAACAAGCACCGGCAAUAGAUGUUGUAGCAAUUGGUUUAAAUGAUGGAAGAAUUAUAUUGCAUAAUUUAAAAUUUGAUGAAAGUAUUUUUGAAUUAAUGCAAGAUUGGGGUUGUAUAACAUCCAUUAGUUUUCGCACAGAUGAACAUCCAAUUAUGGCUACAGGAAGUUUAGAUGGUCAUAUUGUAUUUUGGAACUUAGAGCAACGUAAAGUAGAAAGUCAACUUCAUAAAGCUCAUUUUGGAGCUGUAACAGGAUUAAAAUAUUUACCCAAUGAACCACUCUUAGUAUCAUCUUCUCCUGAUAAUUCUUUAAAAUUAUGGAUAUUUGAUUUAGCUGAUGGAGCUGGAAGACUUUUAAGAAUCAGAGAAGCUCAUUCAGAACCUCCUACUAUUAUUCGUUUUUAUGGCAAUGAAGGUGAAAAUAUAAUAACUGCUGGUAGUGAUUCUUCUGUGAGAUUAUUUUCUACCAUUUCAGAAAUGUUAAAUAAAAGUUUAGGAAGAGCAUCUUUUAAUAGAAAAGCUGCAAAAAAAAGAGGAAGAGCUGUUGAAGAUCCUUUACAAAUGCCACCAAUUACUGAAAUUGCUAUGGAAGUAACAAGAGAAAAAGAAUGGGAUAACAUUGUAGCAACACAUUCUGGUUUGGGUACAGUUACUACAUGGUCUUUUGAUAAAACAAGAAUGGGAGAAUAUAAAUUAUUUCCAGAAAAAUUUAAAGGCAAUCAUAAUAUUACUGCAAGCAGUGUAUGUUUAACAAAAUGUGGAAAUUUUGUUGUUAUUGGAUAUAGUAAUGGAUAUGUAGAAAGAUUUAAUAUACAAUCAGGAAUCCAUAGAGCUAGUUAUGGUACUGAUAAAGGAGCACAUAAAGGUCCUGUAAAAGGUGUAAUGGUAGAUCCUUUGAAUCAAGUUGUAAUUACAGCUGGAAAAGAUGCAUAUAUAAAGUAUUGGAAUUUUAAACCAAAAAUAGGUGAUACAGAAUCACUAGCAAAAAUGAUACUAAAUGAGCCAAUUGAAUGGAUACGAUAUCAUGAUGAAAGUUCACUUAUAGCUGUAGCAUUGGAAGAUUUUAGUAUUGUAUUAAUAGAUCUUGAUACUAAAAAAAUUGUUCGACGUUUUGAAGGACAUAAAGGGCGCUUGACAGAUGCAUGUUUUAAUCCUGAUUCAAGAUGGUUAAUAACAGCAUCUAUGGAUUGUACAAUUUGUACAUGGGAUAUUCCUUCUUCUAAUUUAAUAGAUAUUUUUCAGAUUCCAGAAGCAUGUACAUCAUUACAUUUUUCCCCAACUGGAGAAUUUCUUGCUACAACACAUGUGUGUAAUCUAGGUAUAUAUUUAUGGUCGAAUCGCACUCUUUAUUCCCAUAUUUCUUUAAAAGCAAUAAAUAAAGAUGAUCCGAUUCCAAUGAUCGGACUUCCCAAUUCGGUAAUAGAAAUUAAUGAUAGUAAAGAAGAUGAACUUUCUGAACCAGAAUUGGAGUAUAUUUCUCCAGAACAAAUUCAGGAUAAUCUUAUUACAAUGUCUGGUUUAGCACACUCUAGAUGGCAGAAUCUAUUAAAUAUAGAUAUUGUUAAAAAAAGAAACAAACCAAAAGAAGUACCUAAAACAGUGGAAAGUGCUCCUUUUUUCUUACCAACAAUUCCAUCAUUAGAAUUGAGAUUUGAUUUUUCGGAUGUUACGAAUACGGACACGAAUAAAAAAUUUAUCGUCCAUCCUGAUUUUCAAAGUCUUACUGUAUUUGGCAAAUCUUUACUAUCUGUAGAAAAUAAUAAUUAUCAAGAAAUUAUUGAAAAAUUAAAAUGUAUGAGUCCAAGUUCUAUCGAUUUUGAAAUUCAAUCACUUUCAGCAGAUGAAAAAACAUUGACUAUCUUAUUACUUCAUUUUAUGAAAAUGAUUUAUUAUAUGAUAGAAAGAAAACGAGAUUUUGAAUUAUCGCAAGCUUAUUUAGCUGUAUUUUUAAAAUGGCAUGGAACAACAAUAACAGAAACUGAAUCCUUAAGAAAUUAUUUAAACAUAUUACAAGAAGUACAAUCCAAAACAUGGUUAAUAUUAAGAGAUAAAUUGUUUUAUAAUCUUAGUGUUGUACAAAUGUUAAAGAAAAUGUAAAAUUUUAUUAUAAUAAAAAUAUAAUUUUUUAUAAUAUUUUUUAUUAUCGCAAA